GCUGCGCUGAACUAAACUUAUCAAUUACAACCUUUUUUCAAGGUUCCAAUAACAUUCGAGAACCUGCACAUACAAUGGGUCGAGGAGGAAAACGUGUAAGUCAAUCCAAAAACAUAGUCAAUGGCCAUCUAACAUAAUUAGGGUGGUCGUGGUGGUCGAGGCCGCGGUCGCGGGGGAGGGGAUCGUCGCGGGGAGGACAAUCGAGUUAGCUUUGAGAAAGUCCCUAAGCACAACGAGCGCCUUGAAGGAUAUUACAAUGAUGUACUCGGUCUUCCAGAGGAGGAGCAUAAGGAGUUCUGGGAUGCAUACAAGAGAGAAUUACCCAACAGUUUCCGUUUUACUGGGUCAAAAGGGUACGUCCCCAGGCGCAAGAAAAACUUUCAUUUUGAAUGCGCAAAGCUCCAAAAUAUUCCAAUGGAGGGCCAAUGGUAUGCUGACUGAUUUUAUAGACACGCGCUAGCUGUUCAGACUCAAUUGAAAGAACGCUACGUUCCUGAAAUCUCCAAAAUAACCCAUUUCGAUGAUACACCAGUCGAACCACCGCAACCCGUCCCAUGGUACCCAGAUGAGCUCGCUUGGUGGAUGACGACACCGAAGAAUGUGAUUCGCAAGUUUGCGCCCUUUGCCUCUUUCCAAAAAUUCUUGGUUUCUGAAACUAGUGUUGGAAAUAUUAGUCGACAGGAGGUGGUUAGCAUGAUCCCCCCAUUGGUGAUGGACCUCCAACCUGGAAUGACUGUGCUGGACAUGUGUGCGGCACCCGGCAGUAAAGCUGCACAAUUGCUGGAAAUGGUACAUAGAGGAGAAGAAGAACGCGUUCACAAAGUCCUUCGACACUUCGCAAAGGAGGAUGGUCGAGAAGUGAGCCCGGGUCCCAAGGAUGAGGUUUUGGAUGAUUCGGUUGAUUCAAGCGACAAUGGUAGAGCUACUGGUCUACUUAUCGCCAACGAUUCUGAUUACAAGCGCAGUCAUAUGUUGAUUCAUCAACUGAAGCGAUUGUCGUCUCCAAAUUUGAUUGUUACCAACCACGAUGCUACCAUGUACCCUUCAAUCAAGCUCCCACCUACCCCAGACAACCCAGCCCACAAUCGAUAUCUGAAGUUUGAUAGAAUUCUGGCUGAUGUGCCUUGUUCUGGAGAUGGAACAUUGAGGAAGAAUGUCAACUUAUGGAAAGACUGGACGCCGGGAAACGCUAUUGGUUUGCACAUGACACAAGUUCGCAUUCUAGUUCGAUCGCUCCAGAUGCUCAAGGUUGGAGGCCGUGUUGUCUAUUCAACGUGCAGUAUGAAUCCCGUCGAGAACGAAGCAGUUAUUUCAGCUGCGAUUGAGAGAUGUGGAGGGCUCCAGAAAGUCCAACUUCUUCCUACCGAUGACCAGCUGCCACUUCUGAAAAGAUACCCAGGUCUAAAGUCCUGGAAGGUCAUGGACAAGUCUGGUAAAACCUGGUCGGAUUUCGCGGAAGUGGAAAAGUCCCACGAAGAGAAUGGAUCAACAUUCGCAUCCGAGAAGCUUACUGCAAGCAUGUUUGCACCUGCGCCAUCCGAAAGCGAAAUUCCAUUUGAGAGAUGUAUGAGAGUGUAUGCUCAUCAACAAGAUACUGGUGGAUUUUUCAUUUCAAUCUUGGAGAAGAUGUCUGAAUUCAAGGCGAAGCCAGAAGCAGAAUCGAAGAAGGGCGAACAAAAAGCUCCAAUCACGGCCAUUGUUAACGAGAUUGAGUCAAUGCCUCCACCUGUUGACGGUGGUAGUGUUGCCCCCAAAAUCGAGUCUGCGGAUGCUUUGACCGGUCCACCUGCCCCUGUGCCAACUGAACUUACACCAGUUGCACGUCAAAACCAGCCAGCUCCUUCUUCAGACUCUGUUCCCAAUGGAAAGAAACGGUCUGUUGAUGAGAUGGACGGUUUAGAAAUUGAUGGUGUCCUAUCAACAAAGAAGCUCAAGAAGAUUGACGGCGAGGACGAGGUAGCCGAGCCAGAUCAACCAGACCGACAAGUUCAUUAUCCUCCACCCCCAGGUGCGCAUCUUGAGUUGAAGGAGGAAGUUGUGGAUAGCCCAGAUGCAAUUGUUCAGCAACCUCAAUUUCGUCAAAAUCGAAAUCGAAAUGCCCAACAAUUCGAGGAACCUUUCAAAUAUAUUGCCGGCGACCAUGCAGAAGUUCAGAUUAUCGAAAAGUUCUACGAACUGUCUCCACGAUUCCCAAGAGAUCGAUUUCUAGUAAGAAAUGCUGCUGGCGAGCCAGCCAAGACAAUUUAUUAUACUUCGGCCCUCAUCCGUGAUAUUCUCACUGAGAACGAAGGAAAGGGAAUCAAAUUCGUUCAUGGCGGAGUCCGUAUGUUUAUGAAGCAAGACGUCCAAGGCGAAAGAGUCUGUAGAUGGAGAAUUCAGUCUGAAGGUAUGCCAAUCCUUGAAGGAUACGUUGGUUCCGAUCGCGUAGUACGACUUUACAAAAAGGAGACCCUUCGAAAACUCUUAAUCGAGAUGUUCCCUAAGGUCACAGACAAUCACUGGAAGAAUCUGGGAGAAAUUGGUGAACGAGUUCGAGACAUUGGAAUGGGGUGUUGUGUUCUCCGAAUUGAGCCUAGCGAUGAUGAAGACGGAUUUCAAGAACGUAUGGUUCUUCCCCUGUGGAGAAGUCUACAUUCCUUGAACUUGAUGUUGGCCAAGGAGGAUCGAACAGCGAUGUUGUUGAGAAUUUUCAAUGAUACAACACCACUUGUCAAUAGCUCGAAAAAUGCCCAAGAGGGGAAGAAGGAAGUCAAGGAAGGAGACAAGGCUGAGGGAAAGGGGGAAGUGGAGACAGCAGAGGCUAUUGCGACGGAUGCAUCGCCUUCGGAACCAGUAGUCGCUAUAGAUGUGGAUGUCAAGAAGGACGUCAUUAACACUGAAGCUGCCUAGCCCAAGCGAAGGAGGUGGUGGUGGUAUGUAGUAUCUCAUAAAAAUCUUUCCUUUUUUGAAAACUCGUGGGAGGGACUUCUUAUUAUGCAUUGGCUAGUAGGUAGCUACAUAGAAAAUGCGAACCAGGAAUGAAAAUAUGAA